AUGAUUUAUGAUUACAGAGAAGAUGUGUCAGUGCGUAAAAAUCAGAGAUGGGUUCCUCCAAGCACUCAGCGUCAUACUGUAAUCUCAGAUUAUGAAAAGCAUAACAUUGUUUUCCGUCGUUGUCGAGGGAUUCUUAAUAAACUUGCCCCUGAAAAGUUUGACAAACUCUGCAAUGAUUUACUUAGUGUUGGCAUAGAUUCCAAAGCUAUCCUUAAAGGAAUUAUCCUAUUGAUUUUUGACAAAGCGCUUGAAGAAGCCAAGUAUAGUUUCACCUACGCUCAGCUAUGUAAACGCCUCUGUGAACUAGCCCCUAAUUUUGAACCCCCUGGUACUGCAGGCCCUGCCACUUUCCAACGUCUCCUCAUUGCUAAGUGUCAAGAUGAAUUUGAAAACCGGUCUAAAGCUUUCAAAGCCUACGACAAAGAUGGGUACCUGGACAUGGAGGAAGAGGAGCAACGGCAUGUUGCCAAGCUUAAGAUGCUCGGCAACAUCAAGUUCAUCUGUGAGCUUGGCAAGUUGGACAUGCUACACGAAUCCAUCCUUCACAGGUGUAUCAAGCAAUUGCUUGAUAAGAAGAAGCACGAGUCAAUUAGUGAUAGGGCGGAAGAUCUGGAAUGCCUCUGUCAAAUAAUGAAGACAAUCGGCCGCAGGCUUGAUACAAACAAAGCCAAGGCCUUGAUGGAUCAAUAUUUUGAGAGGAUGCUGAAGCUGUCGGAGAACCAGGAGCUGCCAGCAAGAAUCCGCUUUAUGCUGCAGGACUGUCUUGAGCUUCGUAGUAGUGAUUGGGUACCCAGACGAGCCAUGAGAGACCAGGGUCCAAAACUAAUUGAACAAGUACGCCAGGAAGCAGCAAGGGUGAGCCUUCGUCCAAACCAGUCCUUAAUCUUGAAGCCUCAAGGCCCCGGUAUGCUGCCCUCAAGCACCAAGAAAACCAGCAUUCCCCCUUCCAAAACUCCCCAAUCACUGCUAAAGCCACAAAUGGCUGUACCGCUUAACCAACCGGCUAAGGUGCCAAUUAAACAGGUAGCCAUACAGGAGAAGCCAAAACCAGUCAAGAAACGGACCAAUCACAAGAAAGAUGUCCUAACUGCACUGGAAAUAAUUUUGCAGGAGCUUGAAAAAACAGGUGCCGUACUAGACGCCACCAAGAGUGUGAAGGAGAAGGUUCAGAACAAGUUUGUUCCUGCCGUUGUUUGCACCGUCAUGAAAUACGGCCUGCCAAAAACGGAUUCAGACCGUGACACACUGAGCACACUAAUUGCCUCUUUGAAAAAGGAAAAUGUCGUGAAUGCUACUCAUUUUAUGGAGGGUUUUAAUGAGCUCUUGGGUCAAUUGACCGAACUGGAGGUUGACUACCCGCUCAUUAAGUCCUCGAUCGCUACGUACGCAGCACGAGCAGUCAUUGAUAACGUUGUUACAUUAUCGGAGCUGUGCGAGCCGAUGGAAAAUGGUGCAUACUACCCGCUGAUCAUGCUGUGCUUACAACGUCUGCAGAAGUUGAAGGACAAGGAGUGGUUGGUGAAGCUGGUGAAUGACAGCAAGAUCAACCUGCUGAAGAUGUUGCCAGAGAUUGAUCAGAACAAGGAAAAGAUGAUUGACAUCCUAGAUGGGAAGAACCUUAGUUUCUUAUUUCCAUUGUUACGGCUACAGGGAGAUAUUUGGAAGCAGAUUAAAACAGAUCCUAACCCACAGACACUGUAUAAGUGGAUAAAGGACUCAGUAGACCCAAGCCUUCAUAAGGAGAAAGGCUUUAUCAAUGCUUUGACCACAGGGAUUUUGAAGUAUGUGACCCAGGAGAGUAGCCUUCAAGAUGGUAUGGAUGUGACCAUUGUCCCAGAUAAAGUGGUACAGGAGAAGGAGAAGGCAUUGCUCAAUAAGUUCAAACCGCUGCUGCAGCGAUUUGUUCAUGAGAAUUUGAACCUGCAGAUGGUGGCGCUGUAUGCACUUCAGACACACUGCUUUCAUACAAACUUUCCUAAAGGUAUGUUGCUGAGAUUCUUUGUGAACCUUUAUGACAUGGAGGUGAUAGAUGAAGAAGCAUUUCUGAACUGGAAGGAAGAUGUCACAGAUGAAUUCAUGGGCAAGGGAGAAGCACUCUUCCAGGUGAACCAAUGGCUGACGUGGCUUGCCACUGCUGAAGAAGAAGAGUCUGAAGAUGACGACGAUUAAGAAAGUAUGAUAGGUAAAGUUAACUAAAAAUAAAGAUUGAGUCAAUCUCUUCAUAUUUUUAACACAAUGUGCUAUUAUCGUAGCGGUUAGAUUCAAUACUACUAGAUUAAAUAUUAAGUAUUUGUUGCAGAGGUAAACAGUGAAAUGAAAACAUGGAAAAUUUACUUGUAAUUUAUGGAAAUGCUAAGACAGCCAGUAUUUGCACUAUUUGAAAAUUAUGGCCACUACAGUUCAUAAACUUAAGUUAUAUUUUUGCAUGAAUAGAUAUUUAACUUGUGUUGUAGUUAGCCAGAAGGCCACAUUCCAGAAUCACAGUUUGAGCUGUCAUGCACAGGAAAUUCAGUAAUGAUAAUAGCGGAAAAUAUGGAAAAAAAAAAUAUUCAUAUUAUUAGAAAAACAUAAGCUAUUUUGUAAAUUUUUCCCUUUCACUCUUUGUAUUAUUUUUCUGAAGAAUAUUAUUUCUAAUUUGGUAGCUUAUUAACACUUAGAAAGGUAGCUUUAUGUACAGUUUACAUAUUCAAAACAAUUGUACAUAUAUUAAUAAAGUCUUUUAUUAAUUGUUUGCAGAGACACAUGUCUGAUACAAUAAUGCCAAUUUGUGUUUGAUAAUUUAAUAACAUCCACAAUAGAUUUUAAUGUACGAUUAUUGAUGUAGGUACACAAUAAUGAUAUAAGGAAAUGCAAACAAUUUAGCUAUCCCGUCGAUUUUUAAGAAUAAUAGAUUUUGUUAAGUAUGUUGUUAAAGUAUAAACAUUUUUGUGCAUGGUGUAAAGUACAUGGUAUGGUGCUUAGUGUUGUUAAGGCAGAAACAUGUAGUUAAGAACAAUUUUCACAGUGCAAAAAAAUUAGUAUAUUGGGUCGUAUUGGAAAAAAGUGGUACUUUAAUCUUUGUAUGUUGUCAUAAUUAAUACUUGUUUUUUAAAAAUUAUUUUUAAGUCUGCUUGAAUUAUGAUUUAAAAUAAUAAUGUGCUUCUUUACAAACUUAAAUUUAGUGUACAAUAAUAAUAGACUGUGGACUUAAUGUUGUUUUUGCAUCAGUUAUUUUGUAUUAUUUAACAAUGCACAACUUUCCAAAAAUAUUUUCUAGUUCAAGUUAUAACGUUUAACAAUUUAAAACUGAUAGAGGGUGCUGUGAUGAAGACAGUGCUUACAUAACUAAUAAUGCACAUUUACAGUAUCGUAGUAACAGGUCAUGUAAUUAAAUUUGAUAGCAAGGGGUCAUUUGCUUAGAAUAAGGUUAGUGAAUUGAAACCUGCAAGAGGGCACUGUUAUGAGAUUAGCACCUGCAUUGGUAAUAAUGAACUUUGUGGGAGCUGCUCGCAUGUAACAGCAUUUCAUAGCAGCUGGCCAACACCUGUGACCAAUCCAUCGCUUGCAUUGGAAAUACUGUAAAAUAGUGCAGCAAUGGUCAUGUUACAUAUGAAAGCAAAUCAUUUGUAUAGAAUUUCGUCUGCGAAUUGAAACCGAAAGUUUAGAUUUAUUCCUAGAUAUAAAAAGUGUGCUGUUGUAGUUUCAUUUAUGUUUUAGUAUAUGAUAUUACAUAAGCUACAUUUAAAUACAAUAAUAUUAGGCACUGAUGGGCUCACAUUUGCAUGUGCAAGUCAAAAGAGACUGUUGAGAGUCCAGCCUAUUAAACAAUAUAUACAUUAUAUGUUUUCUGAUAGGCUAUUUGUUUUUUUAUGCCUUGAUUUUGGACAUGUUUGGUGGAAGCUACAACAGAGCUUAUUGAAUAUCCACAAAAAGUAAGGUGUGCAGUUGCAGUAUAUCACAAUUAUUUACAAAAACAAAACAUAUGUCUAUCUUGAAUUCAUUUGUUCCAUCCAUGAUAGUUUUUAUUAAUUCAUUAAUUGACAAUAGUAUUUUUGGUUGGUUUCUUUGUUCACUCAAUAAACAUUUUAAAAUGCUUUCACUGCCUUUCCAUUGAGUAAAUCCAACCGAGGCGAUUUACAAUACCUUACAUAAAAGUAAAUAAUUGUAUCAAAUAAGUUUCACAGGUCAGUCCAUGUUAUGUUAUGGUAUUUCAAAAUCAUGUUACACAAAUUAAAAUAUUGGAAUAAUGUGAAUGUGUUAGAGUAGUAAUUAUUCUGCUCAUGAUAAAGGUUGUUGUGUUUUUCUAUGUUUAAUAACAAUAAAGCAGUAUGUUUGUGUGUCUAACA